AGCAAUGUUAAAUGAAAAGAUAUGCAAAGAAGAAGUAGUACAGGCUCAUUUCGAGCAUCUAGCAUCAGAGUUGAGAACAGAUCGAGUACAGAUAGACUGCGUCGCUCCAGCUCCCUGUCAAAUGAAGUGUUAACUGAUUUCCGUAAAACGUGCAAGUUAUGCUCAGAUCCGAUCAAUGCAGGAACGGUUAUCAUGGCCGAAGGAGAUUCGUGGCAUGUCAACUGUUUUGUUUGCUCCAAAUGCACAACUGAGCUUACUGACUACCACCAACUCGAGGGCCGACUCGUGUGCAAUCAAUGCAUGACAAAGGUUGUUGGUGGGUGUACUGUGUGCAAGGAAUAUCUGGGAACUUGUUACGUUAUAUUCAAUGAUAAUAAAUACCAUACAGGGUGUUUACGAUGUUCACACUGGGGACAAAAGAACACUAUACGCUUAGCGAGGGGGGUCAGAUUAUUUGUGAUAACUGUACACAGUGUAACAUGUUAUCUCUGAUAUCAAAUGAGAGGAGGGUUCAAGUUAGGUGGGGAGACUUAAACACUGACUUUUCUGAUGAAUUUCAGCUCAGGGUAAAAGAAGCACCUAAAUACAGUUUUCUAAGGACUGGUGACGUUAUCAUUGCUAUUAAUGACAGAUUAGUCAGCAGUACCAACUUGGGUGGUAUAAAUCUGGAUCAGACGGUUACCCUAACGGUUAACCCAGCUGGAAUGCGAUCACGGAAUGCGAGUGAUGCGAGCCCGCCACCAACAACCCCUCCUUCUCCUCCCCCUCCCUCAACUCGGCAACACAAACGCAGACUUCUCAAGGCUCUCUCCACUUCCCCGCCACCCUUGGAUACUCAGCCAGCCAGCUACAUCUUCAAACCGUCCCAGGUUGAAGUUGGAGAAGUUGUCGGGCAAGGUUUCUUCGGUCGAGUUUGUCGUGCUCGGUUUGUGGAGACGGGAGAGAGAAUCUGCCUUAAAGAACUUCAAAAUGUUGACCCUUCCUCUGCCAGUUUAUUUGUAGACGAAGUGGCUCUCCUAAAGAAUCUGAAGCACGUGAAUGUUCUCUCUUUCAAAGGAAUCGUCUCUAACCCACCUUCCUUCUCUCUUCUCACCGAACAUGUGGAAGGAGGAACGUUGAGGAAUCUGAUAAAGAGGAGAAAUGUGGACAUACCCUGGUCUCAACGACUUAAAAUUGCACUGGAUGUUAGUCAAGGAAUGUCCUAUCUUCACUCAAAAGAGAUAAUACAUAGAGAUCUGACCAGUAAGAACUGUUUAUUGCGAAAAGAUGGAACUGUCGUAGUGGCAGAUUUCGGACUUGCUCAAUAUCAACAAACGUCGCUCACAAAUUACACUUAUCUUAGCCCUCCCAUUGCUCCCGGUAAACGUAGGAGUAAUUCAGUGGGUGCUAUUUACUGGCGAGCUCCUGAAAUGAUACUAGACAAACCAUACAACUUGAAGGUUGACGUAUUCUCGUACGGGAUAGUGAUGUGUGAGCUGAUAGCCCGGAUAAAAGCGGAUCCUGACUAUUUACCUCGCAAGAUAAUCGACUGGGGAGUUGACGAGACCGCUUACAGAGAUCUGGUUCCUUUUGACUGUCCGGAACCUUUCUUGUCGGUUGUCCUGCAGUGCUGCUGUCCUGCUCCCGAACUUAGACCUCCUUUUUCUAAAGUCUGCGAAUUUUUGGUGAAAUUCAAGGACAGUGAAUCUCCUCAAGAAUACAAUGAAAUACUUUUCUCGAUCACUCGAACACUUCAUAGUAUAUCGGAGGAUGACUAAGCAGAAUUGUCUGUUUAUUUUAUAUUUCUUGAAACCCAUGUUUGUAAAAUUGAAUAUUGAGGAAACGUUUUAAAAUACAUAAGAGAAAUUAUCCAACCAGGCUGAGAUUAUAAAAUACAGAAUUUCAUAGGAGAUGAACGAUUGAAAAUAAUGUUUCUUAUAUCAGACUAGAUAAUACUAAUAAUAAACUUGUUAGUAACGGAAGAAUAAAUUUUAACAUGUUCCGCUUAUGUUUUUAUUUGAGAUUUAUUAGACAUUUUUAAGACAUAAUCAUAAGAUUGAAAAGUUUAGUCACGUCAAUAAUGUUAGACACAUAGAUUACAUCGGCCUCGUUUAUAAAUUUUCGCCUAAGGUACAUUGAGAAUUGAUGAGCAGUUGUGAUUCAAUUUUAUGAUGGUCACUUAAAUGUCAAAGAAAUGUCAGCUACCGUCUCGUAUGAUGUGGAAAAAUUAUAAUCCCUCUCGAGAAAUGUCUCAUCUGAGUGAACUUUACAAACGUAUCCGAAAGUUUCAAGUAUCCUCGUUAUGAGAAUGACUAUAUUGAGCAUAACUUUAUUUGGCCAGCCCUGCUAUAACCUCAUCCAGCUACCAGAAGUGAAGUCUGGUGAGAACCGACGUCAGUUAUGUACGUAGAAUUUGUACACUUUGUGAAAGUUAUGCGGAGUGGAGAGUCUGUCACCAUGAUAAGUGCGCAGUGACAACUAUGUUGCGAAUUUCGAACCUUCGCAGACGCGUGUGUAAAAUAUGUGUUAUGACCAAGACUCAAGAGUGUAUCGCAUGAGGAAAAUUCCUGUGUUGAAUUUGAAUGAACACACUCGAAAUUAU